CCACUGGCGGUUGCAGUCAAACAACCGCCCACGAUUUGCCCUCUUAUAGCCAAACGGCAACCAGGUUAUAGACAGCCAAACAUUUUUGCAUACCUCUUCUAUUUCUAGUCUUCCCAAUCACCUGUCCAAGAUGGCCCGCACCAAGCAGACUGCCCGCAAGUCAACCGGUGGCAAGGCGCCCCGCAAGCAGCUGGCCACCAAGGCCGCUCGUAAGACCCCCGCCACCGGCGGUGUGAAGAAGCCUCACCGCUACCGCCCCGGUACCGUGGCGCUGCGUGAGAUUCGCAAGUACCAGAAGUCGACUGAGCUGCUGAUCCGCAAGCUGCCGUUCCAGCGCCUGGUGCGUGAGAUUGCCCAGGACUUCAAGACCGACCUGCGCUUCCAGAGCCAGGCCGUGCUGGCGCUGCAGGAGGCUGCUGAGGCUUACCUGGUGGGCCUUUUCGAGGAUACCAACCUGUGCGCCAUCCACGCCAAGCGUGUGACCAUCAUGCCCAAGGACAUCCAGCUGGCCCGCCGCAUCCGUGGCGAGCGCGCUUAAGCGCCGCGCUGGCUGCUGUUGCCUAGGCGCCCAGGCGUGUGCCCUCUCGGGUGCGCGCCUACAAUCAAACUCGGUGUUUCUCAACACCACUCUUUUGACUCGGCUAAAUUUGGCGGGGCUAGGGUCUGCCGAGGUCGGUGUGGGACCAUAUUAGCAGUAGGGAUGCAGAGCCUUUCAUUGGCGCCUGGACAGAUGACUUCAUGGGGGAGGGGGGGCUUCCUUUGCAAGGUUGACAGAGCACAGCAGCACGACGGGCGGGAACUGGGGUGACCAUGCCAAGAGUCUCCCGCCACGAUGCGAAGUGGAAGGCCUUUCCACCACGGAAGGCACCUCUUGGAAGGCCCCAUCCAUGUCUAUCGGCGGCCAGUCAGCAACCCAUGAGGUUGGGUCGGGUAGUACAACACCUGACUGACAAGCUUACUGCAGGGAGGGGGGCAAGCUAGCCAGGACAUAAGCGUGUGCACGUGUUUCUAUGGUCGUGUGUGCAAAAAGCUGGUCUUGGUA